AUGUACAUAGCACUCCUUAACCACGACAUAUUGGCGUGCAUUCUGGCGUAUGUGUAUGAGCCGCAUAUCCACUCCACCACGGACAUCGACGAUACACGCAUGAUUGCACAGCUGGCGACCGUCAGCCGGCGGUGGUUCGCAGCAAUGUGCCCCAGGGCAUUCCGCGUACUGGUCGUGCAGCGGACCUUUCCACACGGCAUAUUCAACCAUGCCUGUCAUAUGCGGCACCGGUUCCUGUGGAUUUGCAGCGGCGGCUAUCCGGGCAUCCCUGUGCGCUCUCUGCACCUGAUCAUGCCAGACGAAUGCCGGUGCCCAGGGCUUCUCCUAGAGGCGCUGCGAAAUCUGGCGCCAAGACUGUCGGGGGCCGUGAAGCUGACGGUGCUGGGGCGCGGGCAUCUGACAAUGGGUACGCUGAAUGGUAUGGAUAAGGGCGCAGGGGACGCUAGGUGCUUGGCGAGGCGGUUGGGGAAUGUGAGGGAGUUCGAGUUUGUGGUCGAUUACUAUGCAGAGGUGGGUGAUCCGCAGGCAGCCUACGCAUUCAAGGUCUCGGGAUUCGUUGGUGCAUUGCGCAGUCUCCUGGCAAGGAAGCGGGAGGACGAAAUAGCGGAGGAUCCAAGUGAGUGUGACAGUGGUAAGCGCAGUGUGUGUGCAGAAUGA